GUUUACAUGGCAGCAUGCAUGUACAAGUCCUCGAGGAUUCUCUUAUGGGCUGACGUGGAAUAAACUGUUUUAUAGCUGUCUUCAUCGAUUGUGUUUUAAUCAAAUGAUUAUUCAACGUGUUUUCAAUACUUGAGUCGUGAUGGAGUUAUUCAGGGGAUUUCGAUCGGUACUGACCAAUCCUGCGCCCGGGAACGUUCCAACUGGAGCCGAAACUGUGGAACGCUUGAUCAACCGCAUCCAGUCGUCCACGCUCCUGGAAGACCGCCGGGAUGCAUGCCGAGCUCUGAAGGCAUUGUCGAGGAAGUAUCGCAUGGAGGUCGGUGCCCAAGGAAUGAACGUCCUCAUUAACGUUCUGGCGACCGACCGAGGAGAUGCGGAGAUCAUCGGCUAUGCUCUCGACACCCUCUGCAAUGUCAUGUCUCCGGUUCCCUUUGAGGAAGAAGAAGGGGAGAUGAACAUGCCGAGGGAACGCUUAGCCGACUUGGGAGAGAGGUUUACUGAGAUCUUCAUCAAGAGGGUAGAGAAUGUAUCUCUGCUUCUUGGCCUCCUGGAGGAAUUUGAUUUUCAUGUUCGCUGGCCAGCUGUCAAACUCAUCACGAAUCUUAUCACAAAUAGAGCAAAGGAGCUGCAGGAAUGUAUCCUUGUGAGUCCCAUGGGAGUUUCAAGGCUCAUGGACCUUUUGUCCGAUUCACGAGAAGUUAUUCGCAAUGAUGGCCUGCUCCUACUGCAUCAACUAACAAAAGGGAAUGCCAACAUCCAGAAGAUCGUGGCCUUCGAAAACGCAUUCGAUCGGCUCCUGGACGUGGUCACGGAAGAAGGCUAUUCGGAAGGAGGCAUAGUUGUGGAAGACUGCCUUCUUGUUCUUCUCAAUCUCCUCAAAAAUAAUCCUUCUAAUCAAACCUUCUUUAAAGAGGGAAGCUACAUUCAGCGUUUAGCUCCAUUCUUCUGUGUCCUGGAUACUGACUUGGGAUGGUCGGCCCAAAAAGUCUCAAACUUUCUUCUUAUGCUCCAGAUUGUGCGCACAUUAGUGAAGCCUGGGAAUGCAUCUCAGGUCGUCCAUGCCUGCCAGUCAGUGAUGCUUUCCUGUGGCCUGUUGAAGAGAUUGUGCUCUGUGCUCAUGGCCAGUGGUGUCCCUGCUGAUGUCCUCUCUGAGAUCAUCAAUGCUGUUGCUGAAAUAAUAUGGGGGUUUCAGAAUGCUCAAGACUUCUUUCAUACAGUCAUGGCUCCUUCAAAUCCUCCUAGGCAUUCUGUGAAAUCUUUCAUCAGCUCAAGUGGAGUUGACUGGUUUGUUAGGGAGGCUCUGUUGAUUCUCCUGAUGUCAAUGGUGAACGAGAGGCAGCCCUUUCAGCUUCGCCUCUCUGUCCUCUACUGCCUCCAGGGUUACCUGACUAAAAAUGAAAGUGCACAGAGGAACCUCAUUGCCACUCUCCUUCCUUCUGUUGAGGAGCAAAGUGAGAACAAGGGAUGCAGCAUGGGCCAGUUGCUGAUGAAUGGGCUGUUCAGCUCUGAUCCAUUCACCAACUGGUUGAGUGCCGUCUCCCUCUGCCAUGCGGUGGUGGACAACAACAUGCAGAAGGAGCAGCUGAUUCGGGUCCACCUAGCCCUCACGCCUGAGGCUGCCCCUGUCUCCCUCAUGCAGCAGCUCUCUGCCAUCAUUCAGUCUAACCAGAGUGCGCAGGCACGCAUGGGAGUCCUGAUGCUCCUCUGCAUGUGGUUGUCCCACUGUCCCCCUGCUGUGUCCCAUUUCUUAAUCAUCCCCAACUCCGUUUCCCACCUGAUUGCACAAGUGAGUUCAACAGAGGGAGACGAGAACGAGGAUCUCAUCCAGGCCAUGUGUGCCUUCCUCCUUGCGCUGACCAUACUCUUCAAUGACAACUCCAAUUCUGCUUACACUCAGGAGCAAUUGAUCCAGCUGAUCAAAAAGAGGAUCGGGACGGAGAAGUUCCUGGACAAGAUGACUCAGGUGGGUCGCCACGAAUCCUAUGCCCGUGUUGUCAAGAGCCCCAUCGUGAGGUACCACAACACUUCUGAGAUCCUCCUAGACCACAGCUUCUGCAACACCUUCCGAUCUCUCGAGAGUGUAGCAUUGAGGGUGGUUGGAGGUGGAAGGGUAGAGGAGAUUCUUCAAAAUGGAUCUCAUCUCAAAGAGACACCAGCUGGGAUUGAGGCUCAAUACAAGGAGACUCUGAUGCAUCGUGAUGCCCAGCUGGCCCAGGUCCAGCUGGAGAAUGCUCAACUCCGGGAACAGAAUGGCAGACUUCAGGCUCAAGUGGAAACCCUGUCUGGGCGAGUGAACCAACUUCUCAGUUCAGGGGUGAGUGCACUACACAUCUCCACUGCAGGAGCACAGGCAGAGAUGCUGAACCAGCUUCGCAAUGUUAACGACUACCUUCAAGAGCAAGUGCGGGAAAGAGACGAUCACAUCUCGGAACUCAUGGAACGUCUCCGCAACCACGUAGAGGUCUCGGGCCAUCACCAACAAGCGGACUUGCAGGAACAGCAGGAUGGCAGACCAUCAGAUGACACUCAGGUGCUCCAGCAAGAGAUUGCAUCCCUAAGGCAACAGUUGCAGGAACGUGCUAUGGAGCCAGCAAAAGAGUAUUUGGAACAACUUACAUCACUGCAGGAGAUGUUACAACAGAGAGAUGCUACCAUUGCCAACCUGCAUUCUCAACAAGUGGACAUCUUUGGGUCGCAGCAGCGCAUCAAGGAAGCAGAAGAGCAGGUUCUGAUGCUCCAGCAGCAGUUGAAGGAACGAGAUGACACCAUUGCCAAACUUUACUCUCAACCCAUGGAUGAACUUUCUUCUCAACUUCAGCAUCAGAUCAAAGAAAGCAAAGAUCAAAUUGUCAUGCUAGAGCAGGAGUUGAAGGAGCGUGAUGCCACCAUUGCAAAUUUGGAGAGUCAGGGAUCCAUUAAUGGCCAGCCACAGAUGGCUGAGUAUGAGCAGAAAAUUGCUGAAUUAGAGAAGUCACUCCAACUACGGGAUGCUGAGUCCCAACAUCUUCAGCAGCAAGUUGGUGACUUACAGAAACAGAUCUCUGAUCAGCAGAGGAGCCUGAAGGAGAAAGAUGCUCAGAUCUCGGUCAAGGAAAACUUAGAAUCCCAAGUGUUGGCUUUGCAGCGACAAGUUUCGAUUCUCCAGAUGUCUGAGCGUGACUGCAAGGCUACCCUCCGAAACAUGGAGGAACUGCAACAGGGUUCUCCUGACAUAAAGUCAUUGCAGCAGGAGAUCGGGGGUCUACAGCAACAGGUGACGGUCCUGCAGCAGCAGGUGCGAGAUAGGGACUCUGAGAUCGAGACAUCUCGACAGAAGACAGGUGAAUGUGAGCAACAGGUGUUGUAUCUGAGGCAACAGCUGCAGCAACAAGAUGCAGGGUCUCGUAUGUCAAGUGAUGUGUUGAACCUCAGGAAUCAAUUGGAGGAUCUGGAUGAAAAGAAUACAGCAUUGCGGCAACAGUUGCGGGAGCGUGAUGGUCAGAUUGCAACCCUUCAGGCCAACAGACCCAAGAAUCCUGUCCCUGUGGUACCAGAAUCCAAGAAAAUUGCUGAUUUGGUAGUUGUUAACCAAUUCCAGGAAGCAAGGAAUCGUGCAUUGGAGGAGCAGCUGAGCAGACUCUCCCAAGACCAGGAUAACUUGGUGGAACUCAUGACUGAAUAUGAGGGAAAACUUGCAGAGUACCGGCGACGUCUCAAUGACCUUGGCCAAGAGGUUGCAGAUGACCUAGUCCUUAACUGCGACCUGGGUGAGAACCUGGACGAUGGUGACCUGGAGGAAGAGGAAGAAAUUGGGAUGCCACAAACCCAGUCAAGCACGGUGAAGACAAAAUGAGAAUUUCUUCUUCCCCUCUCUUUGCCAACCCAGUCGGUGCUUCAUACGAGCCUUGGCCCCAGAGUGUACCUUCUCUCCUGAGCAUGAAGUUGUCUGGUCGUGUGGACAGAACUUAAAGGGAAAUUUAUACUGCCUGGUUCAGGUGCAGACGUUUUCUUCAUAUUUCAUGGAGCAUGUGCUUUUGUUUCCUACAAGUUUCCUUACCCAAAACAUUCCAAUAAAUUUACCAAAUUAAAGUGGUGCCCUCUCACCCUUAGGGAAAAUUUAUAUCAUAAAUGGAAGGUAAUGAGUGUAUUAAUAUAUUUUGGAG